AUGUAUAAAUAAUAUUUCGAUGAGUAUUGUGAAAGAUUAUCAACUUAUGACUUUCUGAAUUGGCCAUAUAGAGAUUCAAAACUAAAGCCCUCAAAAAUGGCUUAAAUGGGAUAUUUUUGUCAUGAAGAUUAUCUAUAAUGUUAUAGUUGUUAAUAAAAAUUAAUAAUUGAUGACUUAAAGUUACCUGGGGAUGUAAUUUUAGAGAGGGCUUUAAAGUUACAUGAAUCAGAUUGUCAAGCAAUGGCGAUUAAUUUUAAAAUAACCUAAGAAUUUUUACAUUCAUAUGGUAUGGCAUAUUAUGAUGAAUGUCUUGCAUCUUGGAAGGAGACUAUGGAAGUGAAAAAGACUUAUUUAGAUAAAGUACCAAAUAAUUUUCACUUUCUGGUUCAAAAUUCAAAGUAAGUAUUGGCAAUUUUUGGUUGGAUAAAACAUGACCAACUUUUAUUGUGCAAAUAUUGCGGGAGAAAAUGUGAAAUUUAAGAAGAAGAUUUUGAUGUAUUUUAUGAACAUAGAUAUUUUUGUAAAUGGGUUAAUGAAGGUAAAAAUAUUAAAUAUGGUUAUUUAAUUGUUUUAUAGUAAUUAAGAGAUUAAAGUAUUUAAAACAAAUUUGAUAUUAAAGAAAAUAUUCAUGAAACUGAUUAAGACAUUGUCAGAAAAACUCUUAUUUAAUAAAGUGAGGAAAUAAUUUAAAUAAAUUUGUUAAGACAGGCAGAACUUUAGAAAGCUAAGGCAUUUAUGAACGGAUGCCAAGAAUAACUUGUAAAAAGAAAAAGAUUUGAUUUACAAGAACUUCAGCUUGAGAGAGAAGAAUUUGAAUUGGAACUUUCCAAAAGAGUAAAAUUACAAAAAGAGAAAAUUGAAGAAAAAAAUAAAGAGAGACUCUUAAUAAAUAAUUAAAUAUCUGAUUAAGAAGAUGAAUCAGACAUUCAAGAUAACAACAUUCAAUAAAAUCAAAAAAUCAAAAAUAAUAAUUUAUAAUAAGAGGAUUAACUAGUAGUUGGUAAUUUAUAAACUAUCGAACAGGAUAAUUCUAAUUUAGAAACUCCUUAAUAAUAAAUAGAAAAUGAAAAAAAUUAAAUUGAUUCUAAUCUCAUUUAAGGAGAAUUUUUAUAAUAAUAACAAGAUAUUCAAAUUCAAAAUGAACAUAUAUAUACUCCUGAAAAGGCAGAAUAGUUAAUUUUGUAAUUUGAUUAAGAAAAUAAGAUUGAAGAGGAUUUAGGAUUUAUUUAAGUACCAAAAUAAAUAGAAAAAGAAGAUUUAUAGCCAGAAUAGCACGAACUAAUAAAUGAGCAAGAUGAUAAGAAAGAAAAUACAAAUUUAAGUGUAUAAAUCAAUGAAAAUUUUGAAAUUGAAUAAAAUAAUAAAUUGAUUAUUUAAAAUGAGAAUCAGCACUAAACAGAUUAAAUAUAAAAAUAAUAAAAUCUUGAAGUAUAAAAUUGUUAAGAUUAAAAUGCACAAGAUGAUAAUUGUAAUCAAAAAGAAAUUAUUGAAAAUAUCUAAGAACCUUAGAUAUAAAAAAACUAAGAAAUAGAAAUUGAAUAAGAAAUAAAUGAACCAAUUCCUUUAGAUGAAUAAUAAGAAUUUAAUAAAGAAAUUGGAAGACAAAAAUAAAAUGAAGAUUAAGAAAUAAAUGAGGUCUAAAAAUAAAUUGAUAAUAAUGAGAAUGAUAAAAAUGAAAACCAAAUGUUAGGCGAUUUACCAUAGAUUAAUGCAAUUGAUAGAGAAGAAGAAAAUGAUUAAUAAAAUAAGGAAAAUUUAAUUUAAUUACAAGAAAAUCAAAUUUAAGAGAAAAAUGAAGAAAGUAUGAAAAAUAUUCCCUAAGGUUAAGAAGAAAAUGAGGAGAACAAGUAGAGAUUAGAAGAAGAGAAUAAAAUUGAGACUAUUAUUAAUUUGGAGGAACAAAUUGCAGCUAGAUAAUAAGAUGAUUAAGAAAUAGAAUAAGAAUAAGAAUAAGAAUAGUAGGUUUAAAAUUUAAAUGAAAUUGAAGCAUAAGAAAAUAAUCUUGAGAAGAAUUGAAAAAAU